UCACUCAAACACUGAACCAAAGUCCACUGACAGACAGACAGCAGACGGAGGGACAGAGGAAAGAGGAAGAGAGAGUAACCUGUGAGCAAAAAUCAACAAAGCGAAAGAAAGCCAAGAGAAAAACGAGGAAAGAUAAGGAAGAAGAGUGAGUGGAGAGAGAGAGAGAGAGAGAGGUCCUGUGUGCUGUCUCACUGAAACAAACCAACCCACCUACACACCGUGUCUGUCAAUCUGUCCUCUUCGAACCCCUUCUGUCAGCAGUAGGAAUACAUAGUUAACCCUCCAGCCAGUCUAAUCUGUCUGACUGUUCUUCAGUGUUUCAGUGGUUGUGUUCAUCAGUAAAGAAAGUCCACCUUAUCACCGUCAGUAAAGAGUCCGUUUUGUCAGUUUGUUGAUUAGUUGGUCCGUCAGCAAGUGAGUAAGAGUCCUCAUCCCUCAGUGCUUCAGUCAGCGCUCAAGAACCAAAACCUUUAAAACCAUACUGUCAAAGUAACCGUCGCCAUGGCCCCCAAGAAGAAGGCCAAUCGCACAAAGAAGAUUACCCCGGAGCCAGUCGUCUCCCAGGUAACCACUGUCACCACACAGAUGGCAGGAGGAGUGGUGGUGGUGGAAGGUGUGAAGAAGAUCGAGGAGAUGGCCGCACUGGACAUCGUACAGCUUAACCAUUUCAACCUCCCCCUGCCCCCUCCCGUCAUCAAGCCUGGAGAGAAGGGCCUGGGCCUGGGCUGUGAAGUGACCCGCCCCCUCCACGGAAACGCCCUGCUGGAGGAGGUGAGCCGCAUGCGCCAGGAGCGCUUCCUCACCGACCUGGAGCUGGCCUGUAAGACCAAGGCCUUCGACGUGCACAAGCUGGUCAUUUCCUCCGUCAGCCGGUACUUCCGGGAGAUCCUGGCCAAGGACCCCGGAAUGAAACGUCUAGAGUUACCUUCACUCUCCCCCCUCGGCCUGGCCAACGUGAUCACCUUCGCCUACCUGGGCCGCGUCCACAUGUCCCUGUACACCAUCGGCUGCACUGUGUCCGCCGCUGCCACCCUCCAGAUCCCCCAGUUGCUCCAGAUGUGCAUGGACUUCCUGCUGGCCGAGAUGAACGUGCAGACGUGCGUGUACGUGUGGAACAUCGCCGCCGCCUACGGCCUGUUUCCCGUGCGCGACGCGGCCCGCCGCUUUGUGCUGGAGAACUUUGUUGCGUUCACUGAGACGCCCCUGUUCAACCAGCUGACCCUGGAACAGAUCACAGCCUUCCUCCAGGAGGACAGCCUGCUGCUGCCAUCUGAAGUCACCGCCUUCCAGUUGGCCAUGAAAUGGCUGGACUUCGACCCCAAGCGUCAGGUGCACGCCGCCGAACUGCUGUCCCACGUGCGCUUCGAGACCAUCCCUGCCAGCGAGCUGGUCAGCGAGAUCCAGCCUGUGGCGAGAAUGAUGAUGGACCCUCACUGCCACCGCCUGCUGGUGGACGCCAUGAACUACCACCUGCUGCCCUACCAGCAGAACACGCUGCAGUCUCGCCGCACGCAGGUGCGUGGCGGACAGGCCACCCUUCUGACUGUUGGGGGGCGUCCCUCCGUCACCGAGCGGGCACUGAGUAGAGUGGUGCUGUGGAGAGACCCACGUGAGGGUGUGGCCACCUGGCGCCACCUGUCCCAGCUGCCCGCUAAGAGCUUCAACCAGUGUGUGGCUGUGAUGGACGGCUUCCUGUACGUGGCCGGAGGAGAGGACCAGAACGAUGCACGCAACCAGGCCAAGCACGCUGUCAGCACCCUCAGCAGGUAUGACCCUCGCUUCAACACCUGGCUGCAUCUGGCUAGCAUGCGCCAGCGCCGUACCCACUUCAGCCUGGUGGCCACUGGCGGGCGCCUGUACGCCAUUGGCGGCCGCAACGUGGAGGGCCUGCUGGCCACCACCGAGAGCUACCUGCCCUCCUCCAACACCUGGCAGCUCAAGACGCCCAUGGAGGUGCCACGUUGCUGCCACGCCAGUGCCGUGCUGCCCUCCGGAGACAUCCUGGUGACCGGCGGCUACAUCAACUGCGCCUACUCGCGCUCCGUGGCCUGCUACAACGUUGAGACGGACACCUGGAGUGAGAAGGCCAGCCUGGCGAGCCCCCGAGGAUGGCACUGCUCCUCCACCCUGGGAGGGAAGGUGUACGUGGUGGGUGGUAGCCAGCUGGGACCCAGCGGAGACCGUGUGGACGUCCUGUCCAUGGAGGUGUUCUCCCCAGAGAACGGUGAGUGGAGCCGGGCCUCCCCCUUGCCCCUGGGCGUGAGCACGGCAGGCCUGUCGCCCCUCGGGGAACAGCUGUACCUGAUGGGUGGCUGGAACGAGGCCGAGAAGCGCUACAAGGCGGCCGUGCAGAAGUACACCCCGGCAACAGACAGCUGGUCCAUGGGGGAGGAUCUGCCCGAGGCCACUGUGGGUGUAUCCUGCUGCGCCCUGACCCUCCCACCCCGCCACACCCCCCGCAGGCAACAGCACCACAACACUCCAGCAACCAAGGAGGAGCAGCCACAGAGAAAGAUCCAUGUGGUCCCACAGCCCAUCACUGCCUGAGAGAUUUAGAAGAAGUGAGGUAAAGAGAGCGAAGGGAGGUUGAUAGAAGGGAGGAGUGACAGAGAGCAAGAAGUUGAGGAGAGGUAGGAACAGAGAGCUGUCGAUAGAGAAGCAGAGCCGUAGAA